AGAGAAAGAGAAGUGAAGUCUGAAGCAGUAUAACCGUAUUACUUAUUUGUUAACAGUGUAGUUAACAUAUUCAAUGGACCCUGGAAGCGACUGUAUGAAUCAGGAAUGUGUCCGAAAGCUACAAACUGCUACCAGAGAAAAGCUCAGAAAAUUUAACUCUCUGCGGGGUCGGGAGGUGCAGCGCGGUGACUUUUGGGACGUGGUGGUUGUGACCGCGGUGGAUGGGAGGCAGAGAGACGCGUAUGAGCUGCAGAUCAGGGAGAAAGUUGACAGAAAAGAGCUUCCCCUCGGGAUUCACUACAAGGUCUUCUCAGACCCUCCUGGAUCUAAAAUAGGCAAUGGAGGCUCCACUCUAUGUGCACUGCAGCAGCUGGAUGACAUCUAUGGCACGACUCUGGGCAGACUGAGAGUGAUCCUGAUCCAUGCAGGGGGGUUCAGUCAGCGUUUGCCCAGUGCCAGCGCUCUGGGGAAGAUUUUCACCGCUGUGCCUCUGGGCGAACCUCUUUACCAGAUGCUGGAGCUCAAACUGGCCAUGUAUGUGGAUUUCCCAUCUCACAUGAAGCCUGGCGUACUGGUGACCUGUGCAGAUGACAUAGAGCUCUACAGUGUUGCAGAGGAUGCAAAUGUUAGGUUUGAUAAACCUGGCUUUACAGCUUUAGCCCACCCCUCCCCACUGUCUGUUGGAACCACCCAUGGGGUCUUUGUGUUUGAUUCACAUGAAACAUCUGCUUACUCCGAAAUGGAGAGCAGUUCCUGCCUGCGCUUCCUACACAAACCAAGCAUCAAGAAAAUGCAAGAGUGUGGUGCUGUUUGUAAGAGGCAGGGUGGUUGUUUUUCUCCGUCUGAUACUGAGUUUGUCUACACAGACAGCACCUACUACGUCCACUUUGAAACUGUAAAGACUCUUCUUAAUCUGCUGAAAGAGCUGGGGCCUUUGCACUGUGAGAUAGAUGCAUACGGGGACUUUCUUCAAGCGCUGGGCCCCGAAGCUACAAUUGAGUACACCAGCAACACUGCUAAUGUCACCAAAGAGGAGAGAGGUCUGGUUGAAAUCCGCCAAAAGAUCUUCUGUGCUCUACAAGGGACGCCCUUGAAUGUCAUCCUCCUCAAUAACUCCAGGUUUUAUCACAUUGGAACCACGUCAGAGUACCUCUUCCACCUCACUGAGGACGUGGCACUGAGGAGUGAGCUGGGCCUCCUGUCGUCUGCCUUCAGCAUACACAUGAAUGAAAACUCUGGCUGCUGCGUGAUGUACAGCAUCCUUGACCCCAGCUGCUCUGUGGGAGCUGGAUCAGUGGUGGAGUACUCAAGGCUUGGAGCAGGAGUGUCUGUAGGUAAGGGCUCCAUCGUCAGCAGCUGCUGGGUCAGCCCGGGCCUCUCGGUACCUGAUGCGGUCUUCAUGCAUUCUCUUGUGAACCACCAGGACCGAACUGGGUUUGUAACUGUCGCCUUUGGAAUUAAUGACAACCUGAAGCACAAUGUGGAAGUGCCAGCGUACAUGGAGAGGUUGAAGCUUUUUGGGUUCAGCCUGGCAGAGUGUCUGUCCCGCUGGGGGAUAGAGAGUGAAGUCCUGAGGUUCUCUGAUGACUUACCCAGCUGUAGUUUGUGGAACGCUUGUCUGUUUCCUGUCUGCUCCGAUCAGCAAAGCUCUUUCUCAUUGUCUCUGGAGAUGCUGCAGGCCGUCCUGAGAGGCUCAACGUUCAUAUUACCCAAAGACACAGUGCUGAUGUCCAUGCAGGACUGUUUACAGAGUAAGAACCUGGAGGAGAUGUUGAAGUUCAGGAUGGGACUAUACACAGACAUCACACGGACAAGUCUGAACAGUUAAAGCUGCUACAUUUAGUUGAGAUUAUGUGUUAAAUUUCAUGUUGUAAAAUACAAGCAUUUAAGUACAAGACAGAACUGUGCUUAAAUUAUUAAAGCAGCUCAUGAUCAUUGAGGAACAGGGACUAUGAGCUUCUGCCAGUAUGAAGACCUGAUAAAGUCGAGGUUAAUUUUGAUUUUGACAUCGGAUUUAUUUUGUUGUAACAUGUGAAAUGUAAGUUUGCUUUCUACUUGAAAAUGAGAUAUAUUUCUAAAUCCUAUCUG